AUGAAUUCCAGCGAUGAUAUCGACGACCAUAUAUCCCCCUUCCUCACUGUGGAGUCGGUCCUCAUUGAACCAAUAGCGACACUCUCGUCGAUGCUUUUCCUAUACGGGAUGUACACCGUAUUUUUUGGGCUGUCAGUUCACGUUCUCUCUAGGCGCGCUCGUGUCGGAUCCAAAUUCUACCUGGGUUGGACCACAACUCUCUUUGUGUUAGCAACGGUUUACACAGUUCUCUAUACCUGGGCACCUAUUCGAGCGGCGAUUAUCUUCUUCAGAGCUGCGACCACAAAGAGCUACACUCCCGCCUUGAGCUUUCUCUCUGGGGAUGAUGGGAAAACCGCACACAACGCGGCUGAUAUGACCGUUCCAAUCCUAGUGCAACUGCUGAUUCUAUGCUUGCAAGUCUUUCCAUGCAUAUCAGCAGGCGGCAUCGUGAUUAUAGUCGCUAAUGUCAAAGUACAUUAUUCAGAUUCACCGUUGUUAUAUAAUCUGGAACUCGAACAAAUCUGUCAUGUACCCCUGGCUUUCAUGGCAUUCGUUUUUAAUGGUAUUACCUUGGGUUGCAGCAUCGUAGAUGCUCUCGGAGUCAGCGACUAUACAAAAUAUGCUAACCUUCGCUUAACGGCCUAUGAAAUAGAAAACGGAAACGAGGUGGCAUAUACUAUUUUCCACUUGAUUUUAACAUUCAUGAUCGGUGGCCGAAUUCUAUGGAUCAGCCGCGAAGCAAGACGACUCAUGGGAAGGACGACACGCGGGAGGUACAACGCAAUUGUGGCUGUCAUCGUCGAAUCAGGAGUGUUAUACGCAGCUACUAUAACGGCCAUGCUGGUGAUCCGAUAUGUGUCAGACCCAGACGCUCAUGGUCCCGUACCUAUUCACCUUGACGCUGUUGCGACGCAGGUUUCGGGUAUCGCGCCUACAUUGGUUAUCGUACGGGUAGCAUACGGGAACUCUGUGGAGAGCGUUGACCAGAUGGUGUCGGCGUUAGAAUUUACAUGCACUCAGGACGAUCAGCAAAGGUCAAAUACCUCUGCCAUUAUGAGGCAAUCAGUACAAGGAUGA